AAAUGGGAGCACUGCCACCCCAGGUGACAAAUUCCCCGGAGCUCCGGGAUCCUCCCGCGGUCCCGGCCCCGCUCUGGCGACACUGGCGACACUCGGCGAGGUGGCGUUGUCGCCAGCGCGGGGUUGGGGACAGGAAAGAGGAGCGGCGGCGCUUCCUGGUGGCUCCGUCAUGUGACAGCGCCGGAGCGGAGCCGAUCCCAAAUCCCGGCCCGAUGGAGACGGAACCGGAGCCAGAAGCGGAACCGGAGCCUCACCCAGAGCCGGGCCCCGCCGCGCCCGCCUCCCCGCCGUGCCCGGCGGCGGCGGAGGGCGAGGGUGAGGAUGAGGAUGAAGACGAAGAUUUCCAGUUCCUGCGGUGCGAUGGCUGCGGGCAGGACUCGGCGCAGCCGCGGCUGCUGCGCUGCCUGCACACGCUGUGCCCGGGCUGCCUGAGCGACACCAAGCAGUGCCCGCGCUGCCAGGCGGCCACGGGCGCUCCGGCCGUGGACAACCUGCUCUUCUGCAACCUGCGGAGCCGCCUGCAGCUCUGGCGGCAGAUCCGCAGCUCGGGCGGGCCCGGCUGCAGCCGCUGCCGCGCCGAGGCGGCGCUGGUGUGGUGCUCGGACUGCGAGGAGUUCUUCUGCGGGCGGUGUCUGGAGGAGCACCAGUGGUGGCACAAGAAGAAGGCGCACCGGGUGCGCAGGGUGGAGGAGCUGCGGGCGGGCUCGGCGAGGCAGUUCCUGGAGGACACGCGCGGCUCCUGCAGCCUCUUCUGCUCCAGCGACAGCCACCCCGAGGAGAGCCGCGUGUGCAGGUGGGAGCGCAUGCCCAGCCUCAAAUGGGGGCGUGGGACCAAACCUCAUCCCGGCCCCAAAUCUUGUCCUGGCCCCAAACCUCGUCCUGUCCCCAAAUCUUGUCCCAGCCCCAAAUCGUGUCCCAUCCCCAAACCUCGAGCUGUCUUCCAGUCUUGUCCCGUCUCCAAAUCUCAUCCCAUCCCCAAAUCUCAUCUUGUCCCCAAACCUCGUCCUAUCCCCACAAAUCUCACACUCAUCUACUGUCCGCGCUGCGAGCGGGCUCUGUGCUGUCCGUGCGCGCUGCUGGACACUCGCCACGCUCCCUUCCGCGACCUGCGCGCCGAGAGCCGCCGCCGCCAGGACGAGCUGCGCUCGCUGCGCCGGGACCUGCGGCGCCUCCGCCGCUCCUUCGAGGCGGCGCUGGGGCGGCUGCGGGGCGAGGCGGCGCGGCGGGAGGAGCAGCGGGAGCGGCUGCGGGAGCGCGUCCGCGCCAGCGCCGAGCGCCUGCAGGAGCUGGUGCGCAGCGAGGCCGAGGAGCUGCGGGCGCUGCUGGAGGCGCGGCCGGAGCGCGGCCGGAGCGCGCUGGCGGAGGAGCUGAGCGGGGCCGAGGGCGCGCUGCUGCGGCUGGAGGCGGCCGAGAGGCUGGUGGAGAGGCUGGGGCGCUACGGCGGCGAGCAGGAGCUCAUGGACAUGCAGCCCUUCGUGAAGGCGGCGCUGCUGGAGCUGCGGCGGCUGCGGCCGCCCGAGCCCCCCGAGCUCCGAGAGCCGCCCGACUUCGCCGAGUGCCGGGCGCGGCUGCGGGCGCUGGUGGAGCGCGUCACGGGCCGGCCGGAUGUCCCUGAGGUCGAGGUGGGCCUGGAGAACAACCUGGAAGAGGAUCCAACCCAUCCCAAACCCCGCAGCAUCUCCCCCAGCCUGGAGGAGAUCCACGUGGAGGAGGUGAGGUCCCUCUGUCCCAACCAGCCUCUCCCGCUGCCCUGCUGGAAGCGGCCGCUGCCCAGCAUGGAGAGGGGCAGCCAGGUGUCUCCCAAACUCCUGAAGCUGGAAUGUGACCACGAGCCAGGCCCCAGCCAUCCCAAAUCCCAGUGGGAAUUCCCGACGGAGCCCGGCCCCUCCACGUCACGGCACAACUGCGUCCGUGCUAGUGACACAGAGGGCGGCAGCAUCAUCAUCUGCAGCUCUGACGACAGCGACGAGGACACCGUGGUGGUGACGGUGACACCGGAGCCGCCCCCGUGCUGACAUCCCAUGGGAUCCUCUGGCCUCAUCCUGCAAUUCCCGGCCUCCCAUUCCCAGAUUUCUGCUUGGACUUUCCUCUUCUUGGCCAAUCCCAAAUUUAUUCUUGGACUGAGCUCUGGUGUGCCAGAGUGGCCCCAAAUCCCACCUGGAUCUGCUGGGAUCUCCCCUUCAAUGCUUUGAGGUUUCCUGGGAAUGUUGUUCUCCUCUUAAAUCCUGUCUGUGUUGAUCCCAAAGUAAAAUUUGGGAUGGGAGUUGGGAUCGGUGCCGGCGGAUCCCGUUCCUGAGCCCCCCUGAAGGUGGGGAAAUGAUCCCAAGGGUGGGAUCCCCUCUGGGAUCCCCCAUCAGCACUUGGAGCUGGGAAUUCCUUGGGAUUGGGAUUGGGAUUAGGAUUGGGGUCAGUUUCCUGGUGUAAUGAGGGUUUAAAAUCCCAGGUUUUUUAUGUCUCCCCUCAAUAAAUCUGCUUUGGGAUAAAAUUCCAGCUUCUUCCUCUUCUUCCCACUCUGCUUUUCCCAAACAAUCCUGAGCAGAGGGAAAACCUGGGAAUUCUGAGGUGAAACCUGUCCCAGCUCCCUGCUCCGGGCACUGAUCCUGGCAUUUUAGGGACAGGAGAAAUCCCCGAGGGCAAGGAGAGAUCCCAGGGAUAAAAUUUCCACAUUCCAUGAGUAAAGGAGCCUGUUCCAGCCACGUUCCCACAAAAAUCCAGGAAAAGAGGGAAAUGGAAUUUCCAUUUCCCAGGAAAACAGUUUGGGAUUGUCCCGAGGGAAGACAGGGAAU